UUUAGAGUUUCUAUACCUUGGAGGGAAUUUCAUCACUUCCAUUCCACCUGAAUUAGCAAAUCUGCCUUCUCUAAGCUACCUAGUUCUGUGUGACAACAAGAUCCAGAGCAUUCCACCUCAGCUGGCACAGCUGCAUUCCCUGCGUUCCCUUAGCCUGCACAACAACCUGCUGACUUACCUUCCUCGGGAGAUCCUUAACCUGGUUCACCUGGAAGAGCUGAGCUUGCGUGGGAACCCACUGGUGGUUCGGUUCGUCCGUGACCUGACCUACAAUCCCCCAAGCCUUCAGGAACUGGCGGGACGCACAAUUAAAGCUCGCAAUGUUCCCUAUGCUCCCAGUGAUCUCCCGGAGAAUCUUGUCCGGUAUCUGAGCUUGGCCAGCAACUGUCCCAAUCCUAAAUGCGGCG